UGCUGUCGGGCGAUGGAGCAAAAGCGGCAGCCAACAACUACGCUGAUAUGAUUGCAGCCAGUGGCGGUACUGUGGUUCAUUUAGAAGAAACAGGUCUGCGCGAAUUGGCUUAUUCUAUCGGAAAAUAUGCUUCGGGUGUGUAUUACACCAUCGAAUUUAUGGCAUCAGAUGGUGCAUUAAUUGAUAAGAUGGAGCUGGCGAUGCGCCGAGAUGAGCGUUUAUUGCGCUAUUUAACAGUUCAUUUGGACAAGUACGGCGUGAAAUACAAUCAAGAUAAACGAGAUGGUAAAAUC